CUUUCUUCCGGAAAGUCUUUUUAUAUCGAGUCCACUAUACGCGCUAUACAAGAUUUCAUCUGGAUGAUCAUUUCGCGACUACUAUAACCUUUGUUCUUUCUGAUCGUUGCGCUUAGGUGCUCCGCGCCUCGUCUCGUCAGCACUCAUCGUCAGCCCUUCCCCUAUCCAUACGAAAGGUACACUCCGAUUCGCUAGGGGUAGCUUCCGAUUUUUCAGUAUAUUCUUUCUUUUUGAAGAUGGCUCAAGUAGCUCCGGGUCUUGGACCGGACCGCAAUGACCGUCCUUGUUAUAAUUGUGGUAUAAGAGGCCACAUGUUUAAUGCAUGUCCCGAGGAGCCUCGGAAAGUGCCAGCUGGGUUGGAGGCUUCCUGGGCGCGACAUCAGUCAAGUACCAGCCCUCAUAACGACAGCUUCACGCCUAACAAGAGAAGCAAGGGUCCGGUAAUUACGCGUUACCCACCUCCACCCCCCGCUGCCUCUCAUCACCCGCCCCCUUUACCUCGCUUUGAUAAUUCACCAUCUCAACCUUACCCAUCCGGAUCAGUUCCAGGCUAUCCUCCACCAAAUCCGUCAUAUGAUCGGUUUAGACCUCCGGGGCCUCCGGGGCCGCCACCGCCGCUUAGUUCUCAGCCAUUAAACCCGCCUGGUUACCACAACCCCUAUCCUCCUGCAUACGGUCCCCCGGGUUCUAUUCAUGUACCUUUUGAUCACCACCGUGCCCCCCCUCCUGCGCGCCCAAGCCACUAUUAUCCAAGUGAUUAUCCUCCAGGUCCUCCCGGUCGACCUGAUCCAUAUCCUCCUCCUAAUCAUUUCCCUGCAGGCCCACCAGGUCCUCCACCGUAUGCCUCACAGCAACAAUAUCCCUCUGGUCCUCCACCGCCAUAUCCACCGCCUCCUAGUUUUGGUCGUCCACCACCGCCAUUUGGAUAUCAGGGCCCUCCUCCCGGAUAUGCUCAAGGUGAAUAUAGCCAACCACAGCGGGAACCCCCUCCUACGCUCUAUCAUCAUCAGUACUCGCCUCCCGACCAUUACGGUCAAUCAUAUGGGGACGAGAGAGACCGUUAUCAGCGCGACCGAGACCGAGAUCGGCAGCGUCAUUACGAUGAUAGGCGUCCGGCCGAAACUUGGCACGCUCAAGAUGGAUGGCAUAACACUCCGUCAUCAAAUGAUAAACCAUAUAGGGACGAAUAUCGCGAUGGUUGGCAUGGUAAACAUCCGCAUCGAGAUGAUCGACCAGCCCGAAGAUGGGGGCAUGGUAAAUCUGGAGAUGAGCGACGUCGAGAUCACUACGAUCGUCCUCAUCCAUAUAAGAACUCGGACAAAUCGGAUAGGAAUCCCCGUCGUAGACAACAGUCUAUAAGAACUCCAAGUCAGGCAGCUCCUCGCGAGCGCCGUGAGCGCAGCCCUCUUGACAGAGAAGCAUCAAUCACUAUUAAACCUGACCAAGAGCGCGAGCCUGGCGAGAUAGUAUCUGAGCCAGCCUCCGCGUCAGAGCACGGUGAACCGGAAAGUACUCUUAACGCAGCCCCGGAUAAGGAUGAAGAAGAUUUGAGCUGGGAUGAACGAACCAUCUUCCAGGAACCCCUUUCUACUAUUAAAGUAGAUCCCAUCGCAGUACCUCUACCAACCGAAUAUUCCGAGGAUGUCAUGAUCCCUCCCGCAUUUGAUGCCAAAGCCUUGAAGUCUCGGUUCAUCACGCCACGUAAUGUGGAUGAUUUUGCACAAAGCGUCCGCGAAACUCGGGAUUGGCAAGUGAUGCAACAUCAUCCUGCAUUUUUAGAUCCAGAACAAAUAUGCCUUGAGAAGCUGAUUGAUUACUAUGAAGCGACCCAAAAAGAUACUGUUCGAUAUAGCCACCGAGACCGUUCUGGAAAUUCUAACGGGAUUGGCAAACAUCGCCACGGUAUAUCAAAGGGACCGGGGCGGCAGCACGGGAAAAAUCAGGACAUUCGGAAUAAACCGGACCAAAGGAAGCGAAGAUGGAAUGAUUUCCACAGCGAAGCUGACGAAUAUAGGACGGAGAGGCGCCGUCGCGAUUUUCCGCAUGAUGAUACACUUAAUAAGAGACUCAAGACUGCAUCACCCGAACCUGGUGAGGUUAUCGAAGAUGACUCUCAAGAACCCCCGUACGAACCUCCCGAAGCACCCACAACGAUUACAGACAACCACGAAUGGGGUUGGGAGCCAGGGAGCACCAAAGAUACUUCGUCGCAAGACCUGAGUGUUAAUGGUAGAAGCAAUGCAUCAAGAAGUCAUGAAUUGCGAAACCGUGGGGAUAAUCAGAGAAAGUCUAACAACACACAUCUGUCAGUGCCACUAGCGCUUUCGGUAGACAAUUUCCCACCAUAUGAUAGACCGUCGAGCGGAAACAGCUCGACCAACUUCCGCAAAAAUAGCUCGCAUAGUCGACGUUCCUCGAUAGGGAGCCAAAAUUCCGAUUCUGGAGGAUCCGAUCUCGAUUCUAUCGACCGCGAAUUAUUAGGAAUAGGCCAGCCUUCGGCUAGUGGUAGUGAGAUCGAAGGAGGUUCGCCAAAGCAGCGGCUCAGCGACGUGACGCCAAAACGUAAACCCAGACAGCCUAUGUCUGCAGCAUACUCGCGUCGGUGGUAAUGAAUUGUAUAUAUGAUUGUGCGAUUUCAUGAUUAUGAAGCUAGAUGUCUUCAUGUCUAUAUACUACAUCAUCCUAGAAGAGGCACGAAACGUCUAUCCUGAUAUCUCUCGGAGACGUUUAUACAUAAAAACUUUUGG